UGUCCUGAAAAAGCUUCUAAAGCUUAUCUCGAUACUGUCAAAUCAGUAAGUCCAUCAUUUCUAUUUUUAUUCGACAAUAUAUAUGAAGCGAAGAAGAGCCUUGGCACAACGGUAAAAGUUCAAGCCGAGAAAACAGCCUCUUGCAUUAGAAAUGCAAGUGCGAGUUACUUCAAGAAUCCAACGUAGCAGAAUUAAUCUCAGCAAUGGCAGCAGGAUGGGAUGCACAAAUGAUUGUAGAAACAUGGUCACGACGUGGGGACGACGCUACAUCAACCAGUAUCGGCCUCUCUAUCGCCAGCAAACACACAGGUGGCAAACAUAUUUGCAUAGUGCCCGACGAAGAUUCAAGAAUUGAGUACACAUUAUCAAUGGAAAAAACUACCGGAAUAUCGCCGGAAGUUGUCGUUGGCGAGCCGGAGGAAACAAUGGAGAAUUUAGUAGGAAUAGAUUUUUUGGUAGUAAAUUGUGAAAAAAAUGAUUUUUCAAGAAUAUUGAAGGUGGCUAAGUUAAGUCAUAGGGGUGCAGUUUUGGUAUGUAAAAAUGUGAGUUCAAGAAUUGUUUCGGAUUUUAGAUGGAGAAGUGUACUGGACGGAAAAUCAAGAAUUGUACGGUCCGUUUUUUUGCCGGUAGGGAAGGGACUGGAUAUUGCUCAUGUGGGGGCUGCCGGCUCCGGCACCGGCGAAGGGAAGCGUGGUACCGGCGGGAAGAUGGAGAAGAAAUGGAUUAGAAGGUUUGAUAGAGAAUCUGGUGAGGAGUUUGUGAUUCGAAAGUGAAAUUCUUUUGUUUUUGUUUCUAACAAAGAAGAGGAGCCUGGGCUGCCUUUUUUUUUGUUUCUAACAAAAAAAUUGUUCUUGUUUUUUCUUGUCUUUCUCUUUCAUUUCUUUUGCUAUUGUUUUUACUUUUUGGGGCAUUUUUGGGUGAUGUACAAAGAUCAUACAAAGUUGACAACAGAUCUGUGGUUUACCAGUAUUGGUUUAUAUGCUGGUGUGAUUUUGUUGACAUUGAGUUCAUGAGCUGUACAUAAUAGUUUGAGAUUGUGAGUGAA